AAAUGGAGAAAACCAAAUAUGUGAAGGUGGACCACUCUAUCCAUCUAGCGCAGUAUUGUUUCUGCCAGGGGGGAUACGCCACCGUGGUGCUCCCAUGUCAUUGGACUUAAACUUCCAACAGUCCUAGCCAACAUGGCCAAUGUAAACCCAACAGUUUCCGGAGCACCGGUCUUCAAAGAAAUGUUAUGAGGAUAAAUUCUAAAUUGCCAUUUAUUAGUCAGUACCUGUUCCCCCCUGCAAAGGGGGAGGUUUUAAGUCCUGUUUUAUUUUUGUGGAAUGUAACCACUUUCACAGCUGCCAGACACUCACUCAGGCUACAUUUUUAGCAAGUUGUCCACUACACAAUUUCUUUUCUGAUCCAUCACACUGCCAGCUCAGACCUCGUAAGUGUAUAGGGGAUAUUAAGGUCUUCCUACCACAACGUGCAGUGCUGUAUUUCAUGCCAGUGAUCACCUUGUGACAGUUACAGGUAGGUAGCCGUGUUGGUCUGAGUUGAAGCAAAAUAGAAAAAUUCCUUUCGUGUGCAUGCACACAAGGUAUCUGAAGAAGUGUGCAUGCACACGAAAGCUCAUACCAAAAUAAAAACUUAGUUGGUCUUUAAGGUGCUACUGAAGGAAUUUUUCUAUUCACCUUGUGACAGUCAAGAGUGUUUUCAAUAGACUUCUGAAAUGCUGCAGUAGCAAAUAAAGUUGGGAUUAGUUUUUUAAGCUACAUUUUACAUUGCAAGCUCUGGUGUCAUUUUUAUGCAUACUUGCUUCAGAAAUCCCCACUUCUGCAACUUUUGCUGCACUCAGACAUCUCGGGCAUCCAGUAACUGAUUGUCACAUUUAAUGGACACAUUUAGAGCCUUCCUUUCACUUCAGACCAGCUCUUGAAAACAUCGGCUAAUCCAGUUUAAAGGGACCCGCCGUGUUGCUCAUUUUCAUGUGCAGACAAUAGGAAAUGUAUCUGCCUGAACAUCAGUCAGCUCCAGUUUCAGGUAGGAGAAAGGCAAUAUCCUUGUUCACUUAAUUAAUUAUAGAAGAAGUUGGGAGCUGCUCCGGGGAAGAGCAACUUGCUUUCACCAAUAUGUGACAGAGAAACAUGGAUCUCUCUGCACUGCCAAACAACAACCACCCCGAUAAAUUCCUGCAGCUAGACGUGAAAUCCUUAGCAAAAACCUCCAUCUUUUUACAAACCUGGCUAGCAAGUUUUCCAGACACGCAUUUUCCUGAGCAACAGCAAUGGCACAACAGAGUCUAUUCACAGAGAGAAAAGAAAAAUUUACGUGAGCAGCCUAUCGCGGAAGUGAGUGAGCCCCAUCCCGCAGCGAUAGAUAAAGCCCUUGGAAAACACAUUACACCAAUCACCUUGAAAUCAACCAUCAAAAGAAAUCCUCUUUACAGUGAUGUCUUCCCUGAUGAUAGCUGGAAGGAAGGGAAAAAAUACCCAUCCUGGACUGUUCAAGACUACGACAGACAUUCCUUAAACUCUAGCCUGGCUCACUAUCUAAAGGAAAACCCAAACGACCUGCAGUACUGGUUGGAAGAUGUUUACACACCAGGAUAUGACACCCUGCUGAAAAAGAAAGAGAGAGAAAGGAAACACUCGCAAUGUUGCUUCAUUGCGCUGCUCCUGACAUUGCUGGUUUGUGUCAUCAUAACAACGGUGACAGUUUGUGUUCUGUUUACCUGA